GCACAGCUGAGAGCAAGUGUGUUUCUUGCUUUAGAAGAACAAGAACGCGUAGAAAAUCGAACGCCGUUUAUGAACAAGCCUCUAGUGGAAUAUCUCAGCUCAAAAGAUGGUCAGACGGUAGUCUCGCUCGUCAGAGAAUUCUUGGUCUUCUUCAACCUUGAUUGCACGCUCUCCGUGUUUGAUCCAGAAUGCGGGGCGAGUCAGUGCAACAUGAGGGAUGAGCUCGCGACCUUGCUCGGUUUCAAGGAUGUCGACCUCCUGCCAAGGUCGCCGCUCCUUGCAGAGGUCUUCCGACGACACCAGAAGGUGGCGCCACCCGACGGCGCGAACAGCCACUGCAGUCGGCUGUCCAACGGCACCCUGGUGAGAUUGAGUUUGCAGGGAUGGUGGCUGUGUACGAGUCAGUCGCUAUCGAUAGAGAAGGACCCGAAAGGAGGGGGUAGCGCCUCUGAAUCCAACAGCAUCUCGGAUGAGAUGAGCGGGAGGAGCAGCCACAGCGGGAAGAGCCACAGCAAGGGGGAGAAUAGCGCGAGCAAGAGCGAAGGCAGUCGGCGAAGCAAGCACGGCGACGACGUGCGCAGCGACAAGAGCGCCAGUCAGCGGAGUCGGCGCUCGGCGAGAGAGAGAUCGUCGCAGCCGCACGGGAGCGACAGAGCUACGGAGAGUGGAGGGGAGCGGAGGGAGGAGGAGGAGGCGGGGAGCGGUGCGGAGAGGAAGGCGUUCGAUCACGCGCUCAGCUCGAGUAUGGACGGCUCGCGAGACCCGUUCUUCGACGAACCGUCGUCGCCGGUCAAGGCAAAGCCGCCGGCAGGCAGCAAGGAAAAGUCCGACGCACAGAAGAAGAAGAAGAAGACGGACAGCUCCCACUCCUCCCUCGGAGACCUUCCUCCUCUCGGAAAGGCUCCUCCUUCGGACCCUACCGACGAUCCCAACCCAAAGAAGGCGACGGAGGAACGAGACUGGAAGGAACUGGAGAAGAUCAAUAAGCGAAUCAAGGAGCUCGGCUUCGAGCUGCCCGAUGACCAGAACUACGAUGAGGACUUCUCUCCCAGCUCCUCCUCCUCCGCGGCCUCCUCCACCUCCACCGGCGUCUCCGUAAGCAAGAGCAGCAAGUCUAGUCACAGGUCGAAAACAAGCGAGCGUUCGAAGGCGCCGAAAAAGUUUGCGGCCGCCUCGGAGGCGAAUCCCAACAAGCCAGACACGCAGAGUCAGAUUGAGGAAGAAAUAGAGGAGGAGAUUGAAGAGGACCUGGAAAUCGAAGAUAUCUUGAACAGUGACAUCGGACUGGACGAUAUCACAACGGACCACACCAUCUCUCAGGUCGACGGCAUUGGCAACAUCGACUAUAUGGAAGACAUCUUGGAACCGCUGUCGCCAUAGCGACCGACGGUCUGACCAAAGCAGCAUCCAAGCCUCAGGGAUGGACCGAAAAGCAACGAGGACCGUGUAUGGUCAGCAUAGGGGAUGCUUGGCAACAUAGCGGCGACAUCGCAUCGUCAUGGCAACUGUUUGACUGCGGGCGACAUGCUGCCACGCACGCUUCUCAUCACCCCAUCAAUGGCAACAGCGUAGCCAUAGUUACGUGCAAGUGCCUUCACUUCACCAUGGCAACCAAAUCGCCAUAACGUCGCAUGCCUGACGGCGCCUUACCAUAGCAACAGCUAUUAUUUUAUUAUUAUACCGUCCGUGACUGUGCAUAAUUCGUGAUCUCCGUAUCGUAUUUAGCACUUUUAAUGUGUUCCGUGCCACAGCUAAAUGACGCAUGUUAUUCUUUAUGACAUCGAGUUCGAGUGUUAUUCCAGUUUAUCUUUCUGUAAUCUAAUCUUCCCUUUAUCUAUUUUACCCGAGUUGUUAAAUAAUAUAUAUAACUUGGCGCCACCUGUAGUCCAAUUUAGAUAAUAACGUCAUAAUAAUGCUUUAGGGCAUAAUAUCAGGAGUGUGAUAAUAUAGUCGAAUAGUGUCGUAUAGUCAUGAUAUAGGAGUGUCUUCGUUAUGACACUCCUCGUAAUAUCAUGCACCGCACAGUUAUUUCGCGCCAGCGGAAUUUUCACGUGUUAAAAUCGUGAUCGAUCGUGAGGCGCUCCCAGUGUCUCGGGGGGGGGGGGGUCAGCCGACAACGCUACGCUUAUUAUACACACGCGUUGAGUUUUUACUCGAUCCUGAGCAUUUAUAUUUUUAAUCGGUAUUACGAGCGUGUGAGGUCAUGAGCAGAAUGUGUAGAUAUGUGAAAGUUGCCCAGAACUGAAGAGGCGCCUGAGUUAAUUGCCAGUGGAUGAGUACGCCAUACAUAGUAUAUAUCUAUCUAUCUAUAUAUAUAUAUAUAUAUAUAUAUAUGAGCAAAAUAAUAUAAUAUAGGUA